UGAGCAACGGCGGAUCCUGGGGGGAUGGGGCCAUAAAAAAAAGAACCCAUUUUUCUUUUCUUUUUCAGUAACAUCGCAAAAAAGCAGCUAUUGCGUACACUAUUGCAUAUGUUAAUCUGAGGAACCGUUAAGUCAGGGACAAAGAGACAGAUUUUCUUUAUGCAUUUAUUGCCAUGUGAAGCUUCUCGUUGGUCAUUUUGUCAACCACAAUUGAACCGAUACGACCAAAUACGCUCGAAGGACCACAACGCGAAUUGACGCAUCACCACUCCACCAUGUUUAAACUAUUGGUAACCGUGUUCUUGCUGUCUCUAGCUGUAACACCGUCAGUGUCUUGGGACAGCAGAUGUCCUCCAAUAACGGAUUUCAUGAGGCUGUCGAUUUCUUCCCUGUGGCGCGAAGAGGUUGAGCAGGGUGGUGCCUUCUGGGCAUGCGCAGCUUGUCACCGGAUGGUCUGCACCCUGGAGCAGAUAAAGACGGCCUACUACGAGGAGGGUUAUGGGACCGAGACUCUGUCCUGGUACAACCCUGACCCGAACACCUUGGGCAUGAGCGGUCUUGGUCUGGCCGAUGUCAACGCUUGCUCGGUGUUGACGUCUGGACCGUGCUUGUUCGAGGUAGACGGUGUUCGUGCCGUGAGAGUCUUCCCGGGCACGCAGUCCAAUCACGGCCACGCCUUGUGCUGCCAGCGGCCGGAUGACGAGUCGGACAUGAGGUCUUACCGAUUCGAAUAGCAUCUUCACAAGCCACAUUAAAUUGGAAUGUUUUGCCUUUGGAGAUGUUGUCAAGAUUGCAUCGUCAGGCUGUCUUAAAGGGCCCAGCAUGAAAUGUACAGGGUGGUUCGAGAAAAAAAAGGACACCCACUUUUGGCAUCGAUUUCCAACUACGGCGGCACUUAGGGGUUAGCUAAUUCAAUUUAAUGAAACGUGUUGUUCUAGAGUAGUUGUCUCCACAAAGAGUGUUGUAUUUUUGUUUAAUGGGUAGAUCCGCAUUACGGUGCUGACGAGUGUUUGUGUAGGGCGCCCUCUUUUGGAAAAAAAUGAUGGUGGCAAAAAGUACGGAGCGUCCUAGGCCUACACUGUUGAACUUAUAUUGUUUAUUGUGUGUAUUUUUCCUUCCACGGUAUCUGACGAUUUUUAAACUUGUUAUGUCAUUAUAUGACGACUAAUUGUCGAACCAACUUUAUAACAAUGUAAUUUGUUCUGGAGUUUUCGUCUGCACAAAGUUGAUUGAAUUUUUCGUGAAUAAUACACUGCAUUUUCUUUAAAUCAUAUUAAAUUCAUUAUUCCAUGGUUCCUGUCAAUUUCCAAACGACUUGUGUCGAAUAUCACUGCCAAUAAUUGGACGCAAUUUCAGUCGCAUGCAAUAUGUUUAUCGAGAGUUAUCGUCUCCACAAAGAGUGUUUUACUUCUGUUCAAUUAGAAGCGUUUGAAUUCAGAUUGCAUUUUUCGCGAUUAAUACAUUGAUUUUCUUUAAAUCAUAUUUAAUUUAUUCUUCCAUGGUUCUCGUCAAUUUUCAAACCUGUUGUGUCAAAUACAAUGGCUAAUUAUUGGACGCAUCUCCAAUUUAAUGCAACGUGUUGUUCUGGAGUUAUUGUCUCCACAAGAGUGUUUUAUUUUUUUUAAUGGUCAGAUUGUCGCAUUGACAGAAUUCUUUACGGUGCUGACCAGUGUUUGUGUAGCGCGCCCUCUUUUGGAAGAAAUUGAUGGUGGCAAAAAGUACGGAGCGUCCUACAAUGUUGUUUUAUUGUUUUGUUGUGUGUAUUUUUUCUUCCGCGCUAUCUGACCAUUUUGAAGCUUGUUAUGUCAUUAUAUCACGACUAAUUGUCGAACCACUUUUAUAACAAUGCAAAUUGUUAUUCUGGAGUAUUCGUCUGCACAAAGAAUUUUAUUUUUAUUUUUGUUCAAUUAAAACUGACUUAGAUUAGGAAUUAAUUUUUCGUGAUUUAUACACUGUAUUUUCUUUAAAUCGUAUUAAAUUCAUGAUUUCAUGAUUCCCGUCAAUUUCAAAACGACUUGUGUCAAAUAUCACGACCAAUAAUUGGACGCAAUUUCAGUCUAAUGCAAUAUGUUUUUCGAGAGUUAUCGUCUCCACAAAGAGUGGUUUACUUUUGUUCAAAAUUCGGAUUGAAUUCGGAUUGAAUUUGUCUUCAUAAAUACACGGCAUUUUCUUUAAAUCAUAUUAAAUACAUUCUUCCGCGGUUCUUGUCAAUUUUCGUCACGGUUGUGUUAAAUAUAAUGGCUAAUUAUUGGACGUAAUUUCAAUUAAAUGCAAAAUGUUGUUCUGGA